AUGCGAUCAUUUCGAAUAUCUGUAAUGAAAAAUCAACGGUUCCAAUGUGUAAACACAACCUGUUUACCAUAUAAUACAACAUUUACAAGAAAUAUUUUCAAAUGUCAAACGAUCUGUUUAGAACAAAUUCAAUGUAAAGCAGCGAGUUUUCAUCAUUCAACUUUGAACUGUGACCUUUUUAUUGAUGUGUUAAAUCCAAAACCAACAACCACAUCCUCAACAACAUCCUCAUCGACAUCGUCGUCAACAACUUCGACCGGAACAUCAACGUCUUCAACAACCACAACAGCAUUAUUGACAGGCACUUCCUUCACAUUGAGUCAAGUUAUUGAUGGAAGAACCAUAACAUGCAGUAGUGUAGAUAAUUCCAUCGCUUCAUAUACUGAAUGCACAAAUUUGCAGCAAAGUGGUUUAUAUUUUCCAAAUGGUGUUGCUUGUGGUCAAUGGAGUUCAUCGAGUUCAUCAUAUUGGGACACUACUGGAUUUUGUCGAAAAUUAACUAAUUCUCCAACGGCUACAGUAUAUGCUUAUUAUGAUUGUGAUACUACACAAACACGUGUUGUUUGGUAUUCGAAUUCUUGGUCAACAUAUAAUGACAAUGGAUUUACUCGAAUUUUAAGAUGUCUUUAUUAA